CGACGCGCUUGCGCGAUGGGAGCCCGCCCCUCCGGGAGGAAGUCCGUGGGCAGGAAGCCCCGCCCUUCCCAGGCUUUAGGCUCGGCUCGGCGCUAUCUGCCGCUCUCGCCAAGCCUAGAGCCCGCCGAGCACUGCGCUAGCCUUCCGUACUCCCGGCUUCUGCUGCGCCUGCGUGGCCCCGCCCCGCUCCACGCGCGCCUUCGCGCUCCGUUACGGCCCGCCUUCGGGCCCGCGGCACCUGGACCUGUUUUCGCGCUCCGGCCCGCGGCUCCCCGCACGAGCACCAUGCUCUUCUAUUCCUUUUUCAAGUCCCUUGUGGGCAAGGAUGUGGUCGUGGAACUCAAGAAUGACUUGAGUAUCUGUGGAACCCUUCAUUCUGUGGAUCAGUAUCUUAAUAUCAAGCUAACUGACAUCAGUGUCACAGACCCUGAGAAAUACCCUCACAUGUUAUCUGUGAAGAACUGUUUCAUCCGGGGUUCAGUGGUCCGAUAUGUCCAGUUGCCAGCAGAUGAGGUCGACACGCAGUUGCUACAAGAUGCAGCAAGGAAAGAAGCCCUGCAGCAGAAACAAUGAUGGCUCUUCUCCCCCUUCCCUCUGCCCCCCCCCCCCAACUCUGGUGGUGAUCUUUAACCUUAUUUCCCAGCUCAGGACCACUCCCUUGCAUACUUGAGGUGUUUUUUAAGGAAUGAAUGAUGAAUGAGAAUAAUAAGUGGGGAGCAGCUAUCCUCUGUUGAGAAGGGGAGGAUAAAUAGACUGGGGAACUAAAUCUUGCCCUGUUCCCAGCACCUGUCUUUCUCAUUCCUUCCCUGGAGAUGGGAGAAUCUCCUAGAUGUCUCUGGGGAAACAUGUGAUUCAUUUUGGGGAUGGAAGACAUCUGUCCCGCAUCGGGAAUAAAAUUUAUGUUGCAUA